AUGAUCUUUACACUAGCUACUCACCUCACGCUUUUCGUGAGAUUGGCACUCUCACAAAUUGAAAACCCUAUUACUAUGCCUUCACCAACUACCACGUUGGACGUCACCAUGCUCAACGCAAACUCCCAGCAAACUCCCAGCAGCCAUUAUGCAGUGUCUACAGCUCUCUGUGGUGACCAACGACUGGGCCCAACUGCUCUGCCAAGUCAUACACUUAUCAACUCCAUGUUGGUAAACUAUCAUCCCUCGGGAAUGGAGUGUCCACAAGGCUAUAGGGACGCCUGGAUCAACUAUACAGGCAUAGCGACGUCUCCUCCUCUUCACGGUUUCAAAAUGUUCCCCAACGGUACUCAGAUAAUGUCAAGGGUGACCAUUCCAAACAACAUAUAUAUUGUCCGCUUCGGUGACCCUAACUGUACAUAUGUAUCACCUGCUGGAACACCAUACGAGCACCGCGCCAUUCCACCAUCCAAUCUCGUGAGGCGUAGUGCGAAUGGUACCGUAUAUGGCAGGAUUCUAACCCUUACGGAGAUUGAAGUUGAAAACGGCACUAUUGCUCCCUAG